UGUCUGGGGCCUGGGCCCGAGGCCUCACAUUCCGCCCAGUCCUCCUAUCCGUCCGCUGGAGCCGCCUCCUCCUCCGCGCCGCACGCAGGUCUCCCUUUGACUCGGAGCCCCUCUCCCCAACGUGGGCUUUCAAAGAUGGGUGAAUAUAAUGAGAAGAAGGAGACAUGUGGUACCAUCUGCCUGAAAUACCUGCUUUUCACUUUCAACUGCUGCUUCUGGCUGACUGGCCUGUCCGUCAUGGCUGUGGGCAUCUGGACGCUGGCCCUCAAGAGUGACUACAUCAGCCUCCUGGCUUCCAACACUUACCUGGCCACAGCCUACAUCCUGCUGGUGGCUGGGGCUGUGGUCAUGGUGACAGGUAUCCUGGGGUGCUGUGCCACCUUCAAAGAGAGACGGAAUCUGCUUCGGCUGUACUUCUUCCUCCUGCUCCUCAUCUUCCUGCUUGAGGUCAUCGCGGGCAUCCUGGCUUACAUCUACUACCAGCAGCUGAGCGCAGAGCUGAAGGAUACCCUCAAAGAUACCAUGGUCCAGAAAUACCACCAGCCCGGCCACGAAGGGGUGACCGUGGCUGUGGACAAGCUGCAGCAGAAGUUCCAUUGCUGUGGGAGCAACAAUUCCAGGGACUGGCAGGAGAGUGUGUGGAUUCGGUCCGGGGAGGCGGAGGGCCGGAAGUUUCCCGACAGCUGCUGUAAGACCAUUGUGGAAGGCUGCGGUCAGCGGGACCACGCGUCCAACAUCUACAAAGUGGAAGGCGGCUGUAUCACCAAACUGGAGAAGUUCAUCCAGGAGCACCUGAGCAUCAUCGGGGCCAUGGGCCUGGGCAUUGCUGGUGUGCAGAUCUUCGGAAUGAUUUUCACCUGCUGUCUGUACAAAAGCUUGAAGCUGGAACACUACUAGGUCCCUCUGGGGCCAGGGGCACCGUCCCGCCUGCCUUCACGCUAACUUAUUGCCACCUUUCUUUAUCACUUUAUACUCAAGCCGUGUGUAAAUCUACUGACUGCGGGGUGGGGGGCAGCAGGGAGCCACAGCCCUGCCUGCCUCUGCCCCGACCUGCCGAUAACCCUGCACCCAUUUUACAGAUGGGUGUCCCCUGGGCAGCUGGGCUGGGAUGUGACCUCCAACGGUGGGGGGUGGCCCCCGCUCCUUCUGAUGCACUGGAGACCCAACCCCGCCUCAGUGGAGAAGAGGCUGGGGGACAGAGCUGGGUCCCCUGAUUUAGGGCAGGGGAACUGAGCUCCUCACCUCAGCCCUGGGACUCCAGGGGUGGACUCAAGUGCCUUUAGACAGGGCCCAGUUAGACUGUGCCUUGGCAGGGGAGGAAGGUCUGUGUCCCGGUCCCCUGCCCUGGGGGAGGCCAGUGUGUCCUCCUUGUUGGGGGUGGUGGGUCCCGAGGGUCCCUGGAAUCCUGAGGCUUGGCCAGGCUCCCACAGGGUUGGUUAGAUGGACUGCUGGGGGUGGGAGGGUUUGGACUGUGGAGAUGGCCACGGAGAUGCCUUCCAGCUCUGUGACUGUGGAGUAAAGCCCUGUCCUGGCCAUC